AUGGCCGACGGUUUGCUGCAUAGAUUCAGCACGAUCGGUAGUGUGAUCGGUAGUAGCAGCAGCACGAGCGUUCCGCCGAUGGAAACGGCCAGCAUCACGCAGCGCAUUCACCACGAGCCACCCGCCUUGCUGGCCAGUGGCAAGUAUCCCGUGUACGGUCCCGGAACCGGUCCCGAGCUGUACGAUGACGAGGCGAGCGAGUACUGGCACGGAACGGAGGGCAAUGGAGCGGGAGGAUUCUUCCCAAGCUUUCUGCCCUGGGGGCCGGCACCGCUGGGAGCACAUCCGGUUCCUCCACCGCUGCCACCACCGCCACCACCACCGCAACCGCCGCCGGCAUUUCCACUGUACCGGGGACCGUACGGGGGGCCUUUGUACAAAGGCCUCCGCUUCAAGGGUGCGUCCGUGGCGGUGCUGACGCUGUUGGCUUUUCUGUUCUUUUUGAGCAUUCUACAGAACUACAUCCGUGACUACUCCACCACAUCACAGCCGACCGUGAUUUUGCUGACCGCUGGAGCAACGAAAGAGAAUGCGCUCCAGAACGCAAUCUACCCGUACCGAGUGCGGCCGAAGAUAGGCCAGCGUGGCGAUGAACCGCCCCGAUUCGACGACGAGGACGAUGCGGACGCGAUCGAGGAAACAACCGACCAGGGCGACGGGCCAUUCGCCGGUGGAUAUCGGGCACGGAUCCGAAAGGGUACGGGACAACAUCGCCCUCAUCACAAAGGCAGCAGCGGUAGCAACAGCAAAGUGUCCCCGGGGAAUACCGCGACCGUACCGUCCAGUGCACCGUUUGGGGAUAUUUUCAAGGUAAACGGAUUGUGA